CACACACACACACACACUGCACUUCCCCCCUCUCAUCACACAGAAGAAAAGCCACACACACACAUCCACACUCAAACACACACACCCAUAUUCCGAGUCAGUGGAUCUAGAUUCUCUCUCUCUCUGCCUGUCUUUCUGUGUUUCUGUUGGAAGAUGCUCUGCUGGGAGUUGUGUCUGACCCUGCUCCUCUGGGCUCUUCCUGUGAGGACUAUCCCUUCCACCAACAUCAAGAUCACACACGCCUUCCCCCUCCAGUUGCCAGAACCAGGCCUUCCCGUCACCUGUCCGUUGUUCUGGACUGAGUUCGAAGGUCACUGCUACCGUUUCUUCCCCCUGAACCGGACCUGGGCCGAGGCUGACCUGUACUGCGCUGAAUUCUCCAAUGGUCUCAAGUCUGCCAAACUCACCUCCGUACACAGCUGGGAGGAGAAUGUGUUUGUCUACGAUCUCGUCAACAGCCGUAUCCCAGGGAUACCAACAGACAUAUGGAUUGGCCUUCACGACAGGAGACAGGAGGGCAGUCUGGAGUGGACCGACGGCAGUAACUAUGAAUACAGCUACUGGGAUGGCAACCAGCCUGACGACGGCAUACACCGCAUCCCUAAAGAGGAAGACUGUGUCGAGAUCUGGUACAGGCAGAACAGCGCGCUGAGGUCCUGGAAUGAUAACAGCUGUGACAAAGCCUUUCCCUUCGUAUGCAAGAUCCCCACAGUGGACAACUAGACCUCCAGGGUCCAGCACUAACACACACACACACACACACACACACACACACACACACACACACACAACUUUCUCGCUGCUGUUGUUGCCUUCUCCUUCCUCAAACCUCCCUCUCUACUUCUCCUCCCUCAACUCUCUCUGUCUUCAUCUUCUCCCUCAACCCUCCCUCUCUUCAUCUCCUCCCUCCCCAUCCCUCUUUUCUUUCCCCCCCUCAACUCACCUUCUCUUCUCCUCUCUUAACUCUCCUUCUCUCCUCCCUCCCCCUCCCUCUCAU